GAUAAUGAUAGCAUUGCGUAAUCUAAGUUUAACUGCUGUGGGCGAAUAACAUGAUACGACAGGACGUUUCUGCGUUUCUGUGAAGAUGUUUUGAUGCCAUACCAUACCGUCUCUGUACAUUUCCACUGUGUUUUGCAGUGAUCGCGGACAGGUAGCCUGUGUAUCAAUACCAGAAUCAGCCAUCCACUUUUAGUGUGCUGGACGAACCCUGCUGGUUCAUCUUUGCGGGUCAUUAAGCAGAAAAGCUGAUCACGCAUCAGCUUAAAGUGGUGGUAGAGCUCCUGAAUUCACUCACGUCAUGGUUAAGUGGACGGACCUGGAGCGCAGCACUGUCAGAGCUGUCUGGGAAAAAGUUGAUAUUGAUGAGAUUGGGCCGCAAAUUUGGGCAAGAGUUUUGGUUGUUUACCCCUGGACUGAGCGAUAUUUUGGUUCUUUUGGAGAUAUCUUCACCACAACCGCUAUUUUGAAUAAUACCAAAGUGGCGGCUCAUGGUAAGGUGGUGCUGGAGGCUCUGGACAAAGCAGUGAAGAACAUGGACAACAUGAAGCGCAUGUAUGCUGCUUUGAGCCUUUUGCAUUUUCAGAAACUCGAGGUGGAUCCCGAUAACUUCAGACUGUUGGCAGACUGUAUCACCAUUGCAAUCGCAUGCAAACUCAAGUCAGCCCUGACCCCUCAGGUUCAAGCUACCUGGCAGAAAUUUCUAGCUGCUGUGGUCGAGGCUAUGAGCAGUCAGUACUACUGAAAACAACUUGGAGAUAAAAACACUUUAUUUUUAAAGCAUGUGUGGGUGUCUCAGUGUCCUUUUAAUCAUGUAAUAUAAUGCCAAAGUAUUUCUUCACAAGUCAAUAACAGCUUCAGCUUUGAUGUGAGUUUGACAGGAGUAUAUUUCAGUGUUUAUUUUAAUUGUUCUUAAAUUGGAGUUUGGUGAGUCCCAUAGGUCCUUGACUGGAUUACAAGUUAUUGGAAAAUAAUCUGUUGUGCUAUUUGCUCUGGUUUUGUAAGAUUUAGAAGUAAAUUCAUAUUUGAGUUAAUUUACUAAAAUGACUUCAGGAUAUGCAACUAGAAAGCUUUGUAAGCAAGCUUUCUAGUUGCAUAUUUGUGCUUACAGUCAUUGGUUUUUCUUAUAUGUUUAAAUAUUGUCACCUUCUUAAAAUAAUCGCCUAAGUAAUUUUUUGACUAAAAUGAUGUUUUUGCCUAAAUCAUCAUCAUUAUUUUCAAUAUUUGCUUCAGUUUUUUGUGUUUUUGGUAAACCCUGGGAAAAAAAUGACUUCAGCCAUUAUUUUAAGAGGAUGUUGAUAUUAACUACUGAAAUAAUUUGUUGAAUCUACCUCUGCAUUUAUCCCAGAUUUGCACCAUUUUGAGACUUUCUGGCUUCUGAUUUGUUAGUUAAGUCACAUGUGAAGUGUGAAGUUUGGCCCAUAGGUACAGUGACAACGUUUAUAUAAUUUAUGGCAUGGGAACGUAUGGCUGCCAGUGGAACUGGGCCAGUAUGACGUGACUGCUGGUAGAAGUAGCUGGAUGAAUUCUGAAGUGUACAGAGAUGUACUCUCUGCUCAGAUUCAGCCAAACUAUCAAACUGAUCAGACGGCAUGCCACAGUGCAAAUUGAUAAUGACCCAAAGUAUGCUGCAAAGGCAACCCAAGAGCUGCCGGAGGCAAAGAAAUUGUAUAUUCUUCAAUGACCAAGUCGGUCAUCUCAUCUCAAACCAGCAGAAGAUUCGUUCAGUUAUUGAAGCUAAAGCUGAAGGCAGAGAGACCAGAACAAGCAGCUAGUGAAGCUAACUGCAGUAAAGGCUGGCAGGGCUAAGGGAGUCCAUGAAAAGUUCAGAAAACAUAAAAACAAUCCUUAUAUGUAACAUUAUGUCAGUUUGUCCAAUUACUUUGAGCCUCUGAAAAUGGGGUCGCUGUAUUAAAAUGGCUGUAAUUCUUAAUGUUAAUGCUCUCUUGUUAAUCCCCUUAACUUAAGGCUGAAAGUCUGUCCUUGAAUCACACAUUUACUGUUUGAUUUAAAAUCCACUGCGGGAGUGUACAGAUGCAAAAUUAUAGGUGAAUGUAGUGCACCUUAAGAAGGUUUUGUGUCUCUGUCCUCCUGUUUCUUUAUACUAUGAGUGAUCAACCUGUACAACAGGUUUACACUUUGAUACAAAAAUUCAGACAAAUUCUAACAGCAGUGUGCUCUUCUUCCCUUAUAGAUGAGGGCUUUUUUCAGGGAAGGCCUUACUUUUUCAGAGACAAUCCCCUAACCACAUUCUGUUCAUACAGGAGGGUUUUGCUAAAAUGUCCUGCCUGCAGUCCGCAGUUGUCAUCCAUUAAAAACUUUAGAUUUGCAUUAUGAAAUGAAAAAUAUGAGAAAGGAGGCCCAAAACUGUUAAGGCUAUUAAAAUCCUGUAUCACACAAAUAUAUCUGCUCACUUGCAACAGGCUUACAUAGUGUUAAUAAGAGGCAAGCUGCUGAAAUACGUAAGCACGGCAAUGUCCUAAAUGUGCUGGCUUCAAUUUAGAAAGAGGGUAUGUAUUUAAAAUCAAUAAAGAAAUCCCGUGUUCAAAA